AAUCCCUUCGAUCUGAAUCAACAACAACGUCGGCUGGUAGUGCAAGGUCCAAAACAUCAAGACUAAGACAGCCUUCACCUGCUCGAUUACGACUGAGUAAGAGUGCAAGCAGCGCCUCAUUGAAUAAUAAAAAAAGUUUACCGAAAAUGUCCGAUCAAGCCAACAACAAAUGUUGCUGCGACCAUCAAGGUUUGUUGGACACAAUCAAGUCCUUGGAGCAGUCACUUGAGAAGGAAAGAGCCUUUUCUCGAUCCCUUCAAGGUCAAAAAGAAGCUAUUGCUAAGGAUUUAGAUUAUUUCUGUGUUCUCAGUGACGAAAUUACUGAAGAAAGAGAUCGGAUCAAGGCAAAUUAUGAUAAAGAAAAGCUUGAAAAUGAACGAUUAAGAGAAGCACUUGAAGAUUUACAACCACAAACAGGACAAGGAAAGACAACUCAAUUACGUCAAGAGCUAGAGAAUAUGAAGCAACAGGCGACAGAGGAACACUAUGCGUACUAUAGCAACCUUCAAUACAAAAAUGAAGAGAUCAGCAAACUAAAAAACGAGUUAAAGCUCGCUCAACGUCAAAUACAGGUCCUACGAAAGACAAUGGAGCAUAUGCUGAAGGUGGAUGGACAAGACUUGGAUGACUGUGAAACCAAAAGGAAAAGUUUUUAUGACACUGCGACAACAAUGGAUGUUGACCUAUUACUGCACAAUCAUCCUGACCAUCGAUCAUCCACAUCAGAUUCAUCUUUAUCCUCAACAAAACCACCCUCACCAAUAGCUUACUUUGAAGAAGACAGUGAAGACGAAUCAGGAGAAAGCUUUUUAAAUGAAGAUCGUUAUCUUGUCAAGAAAAGAUCUAGUGAUCUUCCAAAACGGUUAUUGAGAUCACAAAGACGCAAGAAUGAGUUGGAAGAAAUGCUAGGAGAAGUAGAUUCUCAAUUGAAUAAAGUUAAAUUGAGACGUCCUUCAACAGGAAAUUGAAGCGUCAUGUAUACCCUUAAUAUAUAAAUAAACAUUUUA